CUCAGAAGAGCGGAGUCUGUGGAGUGCACCAAGGCAGCAGCGGUCAACCCUGGUUUCUGAGACAUGACUCCUGUUGCCUUCCUGACCAUCCUUUGCUUGGGAGUGGUCUCAGCUGCUCGCUCACUUGAUCCCAGUUUGGAUGCUGAAUGGGAGGAGUGGAAGACAAAUUAUGAGAAAACAUACAGCCCGGAUGAAGAAGUACAGAAAAGAGCAGUUUGGGAAGAAAACAUGAAAUUGAUCAAACAGCACAAUGAGGAACAUGACCAGGGGGAGCACGGCUUCACCAUGGAAAUGAACGCCUUCGGUGACAUGACCAGUGAGGAAUUUAAGGAAACAAUGAUUAAUCGUCCAGUCUCAAAUCUCAGGAAAGGCAAAAGAAUCCAGAAACGUCUGGCUCUUGAUGAUUUCCCAAAAAAAAUGGAUUGGAGAAAGAAAGGCUACGUGACUCCUGUGCAGUAUCAGGGUAGAUGUAGUUCUUGUUGGGCUUUUAGUGCGGUUGGUGCCAUAGAAGGACAGAUGUUCGAGAGAACAGGCAAACUGGUCCAGCUGAGUGUACAGAACCUAGUGGACUGUUCUCAACCUCAAGGCAAUCUGGGCUGCCAUGGAGGCACUGUAGCCGGUGCCUUCCAGUAUGUGAAGGAUAACGGAGGUCUGGAAUCUGAGGAAACCUAUCCAUAUGAACGAAAGGUAGGACCCUGCAGAUACAGUCCUGAGAAUGCUACUGCUAAUGUCACAGACUUUAUGAUCCUCCCAGUUGGUGAGGAUGUCCUCACGAUUGCAGUAGCAACUAUAGGGCCGAUUCCUGUUGCAAUUGAUGCUUCCCAUGAUUCCUUCCGGUUCUAUAAGACAGGCAUUUAUUUUGAGUCAAAUUGCAGCAAUAUUUCUGUGAGUCAUUCUGUUCUUGUGGUUGGCUAUGGAUUUGAAGGAGAAGAAUCAAAUGGCAAUAAAUACUGGCUGGUCAAGAACAGCUGGGGUAGAAGAUGGGGAAUUAAGGGCUACAUGAAACUUGCCAGAGACCAGAACAAUCACUGUGCAAUUUCCUCAGCAGCCAGCUACCCUAUUGUAUGAGCUACCUGAUGGUGACAGGGAAGGACUGGACUUGGGACAGCAUACAUAGCAGAGUGCCCCCCUUUCAAAGCGACCAGUCUAUGCUGUGGAGGAUACAGCACUUGAGUCAUUGAAGAGUCAUAUUGUAAUGUGAAUUCUGUGACACACUUACUCUAGUAAAACAUUACCGCAUUACCACUAUAACUAAUGUUCUGCAUGAAUUUGUAUUAGUUAUUCCUAUAGUGACUUGAUUUUAAUGACGGUACCA